AUGUUUCAAAUCGAAUUCCUAGCCACUUUUCUCCUCUUCAGCCUCUCAUUCUUCUUCAUCAUCAAGACAUGUCUCUCUUAUAACACAAACAACAAAAAACCAACUUCAUCUCCCUCAGUGAAACUGCCAAUAAGGUCCUACCCAGUGCUCGGUUCCAUACUCACUCUAAUAGCCAAUCGAGAUCGAAUCAACCAGUGGUUUGUAGAGCUUUUUCAUCAACACGCACCCAUUAAUGGAACCAUUACCCUUGACCUCUCUCUUGGCCGUCGCCAAGUCAUAACCACUAAUCCAGCUAACGUCGAACACAUCCUCAAAACCCACUUCUACCUCUACCCUAAAGGUGACUUCUUUAGAGACACUCUUUGGAAUUUCCUUGGUGAUGGCAUAUUCAAUGUUGAUGGUGAGAAUUGGAAGUUUCAAAGACAACUUUUCAGCCAUGAGUUCAACACCAAAUCACUUCGUAAGUUUGUAGAAACAGUUGUUAAUGAUGAACUCUCCGGCCGCCUCCUUCCUCUACUCUCCGCCGCCGCCGCUGCGAAAAAUACGGUGUUUGAUCUCCAAGACAUCCUUCAAAGGUUCACAUUUGAUAACAUCUGCAAGAUUUCUUUUGGGUUCGACCCAAAAUUCCUGUCUCCUUCAUUUCCACAACCAAAAUCAGAAUUCGCUGAGGCUUUCGAAGAAGCUACACGAUUGAGUAGUGAACGGUUCACUUCAAUCUUUCCUCUAAUGUGGAAGCUAAAACGGGCACUUAAUAUUGGUUCCGAAAGAAAGCUACGGGUAGCGAUUUCGCAAGUUCGUGAAUUUGCAACAAAUAUCGUCAAAGAAAAGAGAAGAGAAUUGGAAGAGAAAUCUUCAUUAAAAACAGAAGAUCUCCUUUCAAGAAUCUUGAAUUCCGGCCAUGUAGAUGAAGGUUUUGUUACAGAUACGGUUAUCAGUUUUAUCUUAGCUGGUCGGGAUACUACAUCGGCGGCCUUGACAUGGUUCUUCUGGUUAGUUUCUUGCAAUUCUAAAGUAGAAGAAGAGAUAUUGAAGGAGAUAAUGGAAUAUAAUAAGUCAGAAAGUCUUGGUUAUGAUAAGGUGAAGGACAGUGUAUAUACACAUGCAUCACUGUUUGAGAGCAUGAGAUUGUAUCCUCCUAUACCAAGCGAUACUAAGUUUGCAGUAAAGGACGAUGUGUUGCCGGAUGGGACAGUUGUGAAGAAAGGAAUGGGAGUAACUUAUCAUCCUUAUGGGAUGGGGAGGAUGGAAGUGUUGUGGGGUAAAAACUGGUCAGAGUUUAGGCCAGAGAGGUGGUUGGAGGAGAGGGAGGAUAGAAUAAGAAAAUGGAUGUUUGUGGGGAGGGACCCAUACACAUACCCAGUGUUCCAAGCUGGGCCAAGAGUGUGUUUGGGGAAGGAAAUGGCUUUCUUGCAGAUGAAGAGUAUAGUUGCUGGGAUGAUGCGAGAGUAUCAAAUGGUACCGGCGGAGAAGGGGUUUGAGCCGGUCUUUGCUUCUUACCUGACCUCCAAAAUGAAGGGAGGGUUUCAUGUCACAAUUAAGAAGAGAAGCGUAUGCAGUGGCCAGUCAGUCAAUUCAGAUUCUCUAUGA